AUGGCCUCUCAAUGGCGACUCAUGAUACCACUGGCCCCGUCCAAGCUCCGUGUUGCUGCGGCCCUCCAACAGCCGCCGCUCCUCAGCCUCUUGCGCAGGAGCUCCAGGAGCCGUCCUCAGCCUCCACGGACGGUGGCUUACUCGACAGAUGAAGCGGCCGCCCGCGCGCCGAGCACGAGUAUACCCUUGACGGUUGAGAUCGACGGCAAGACCUGCACGACUGACAGCUGGUUCAACGCCCCAGCAAAUGUCAUUACUGCCGCUGCCCGCAAACUUCACCUCCAGCAAGAUCAUCCCGUGGCCAUCACACGACAGAUCAUCGAGCGCGUCUUCCCGGGCCCAACCUACAAGUACUAUAAUACCUUCCACCCCGUUGUGUCCGUCCACGAGAACUUCGACUCGCUUGGCUUCCCCCCGGACCACCCUGGCCGCGCUCGCUCUGACACAUACUAUAUCAACGAGUCGACGCUCCUUCGAACACACACGAGCGCACACGAGGCCGCGAUUUUUAAGGCCAACGAGAGCAGCGGCUACCUUAUAUCCGCCGAUGUAUACCGCCGGGACGAGGUUGACCGGAGUCACUACCCGGUGUUCCACCAGAUGGAGGGCGCCCGGUUGUGGGACCGCUCUUGCGUGCCAGGCGGCGAUGUAGCAGCUGCUGUGUGGGCGGACAUCGAGCAGCUGCCCAAACACGACAUCAAGGUAGAGGACCCCAACCCGCCCUUCCACCCGGGGCGGAACCCCCUGCAGGCUGCGCACCACUCUCCGGCCGAGGCUGAGGCUAUCGCCGCGCACCUGAAGCGGUCACUGGAGCUGAUGGUGGUGGAGAUCUUCACACGUGCAAAGGCGGCUGCCGCAAGGAGCGAUCCCCAUUACAAAGAUGAACCGCUGCGGGUGCGGUGGGUCGAGGCUUACUUUCCCUUCACGAGUCCCUCGUGGGAGCUCGAGGUGUACUACGACGGCGACUGGCUUGAGGUGCUUGGGUGUGGCGUCACCCAGCAAAGCAUGUACAUCAAUGCAGGCCAGCCUCAACAGCUAGGCUGGGCGUUCGGCAUCGGGCUUGACCGCAUCGCCAUGCUACUAUUUAACAUACCUGACAUCCGACUGUUUUGGUCCACCGACCAGAGGUUUCUGUCCCAGUUUGCCGGCGUCUCGGGCAACUUGGACUCGUUAAAGCGGUUCGUGCCGUUUUCCAAGUAUCCCGAGUGCUACAAGGACGUUUCCUUCUGGCUGCGCUCGACGUCGUCUGCCGGCGGGAACGCCAGAGCGAAUGUGCAUGAUUUCCACGAAAAUGAUGUGAUGGAGAUUAUACGCAGCAUCGCCGGCGAUGUGGUCGAGGACGUCAAGCUUGUGGACGAGUUUACGCAUCCCAAGACGGGCAGGCGAAGCAUGUGCUACAGAAUCAACUAUCGAAGUCUGGAGAGGACACUCACCAACGCCGAGACGAACCAGAUGCAUGAAGAGGUCACAAGGGCCCUAGUUGACAAGUUGGGCGUUGAGAUCAGGUAACGCUUUUCCGAAAGCCCCCAAGGUGUGUAGCUUGACAAGCUUGGCAGUCUCGUGGUACAUCCGUUAUAAGGCAGGCAGGCAGGCUGCUUGAGAGUAUGCCUACGAUAUGUCCAUAGACCAAAUCCAACUUUACUCACCUCC